AUGGGCUAUUCGCAGAGGAUGCGGUUCGCUACUCGUAGGUUGGUUGUUGACGGGGUUGUUUUCUGCUCGCGAGAUGUGUUUGAAGGCUGGAUUGCUGUUGUUACACGAUCGUUUACAGUGUACGGGGUCGGCCUCGCUGCUGCUGGUAGUCACCAGAAUAAAAGGAGGAAGAAGAAUGCCAUUUCUAGAGUGGUGGAUAAUACAAACAGAACUGCAGUUAGCCAGGAGCAGAAUGAGACUUGCUUUUUCUAUCAAUCCCUCUUUACAUAUGAGGGAUCUAGAGGUGAAGAAGAAAUCUUGCAUUUAAUAUCGCCUGUUAUUUCUGAGGAGGUGAAUUCCAGACUGAUAGCAACUGUUGAUGAGGCUGAGAUCAAGGCUACUCUAUUUUCUAUGAAUCCAAACAAGGCGCCAGGAGAAGAUGGCAUGACUCUAUUAUUUUUCCAGCACUUGGCCCCUUAUUAA